AUAUGGAUAUCCGUAAAUUUUUUUGUCAACAACAAAAAGAAAAAGAAACAUUAUGUGUUACAAAAGCAUGUGAGCUAUCAGUUGAUUUGGCUGGAAAAUCAUCAAAUGAUGAAACACCACACCGUUCUCAAAAAGAUGUUUCACUUUACUUAAAUUUUCAUUUUAAAAAUGAUAAUGAAAAAUUGUUAGCUGUUCAAAAUAUUUGGAUACCUGACAAAUGUUAUAAAUUUCCAUUGCCCUUGGGCAAAAGAAAUUUAACCUUUCAAGCAUCCUGGCUUAACAAAUAUAAGUGGCUUGCUUACUCAGCCGAUGAAAAGGGCGCAUUUUGUAAAGUUUGCGUCAUAUUUUCCCCAAGAUAUGCUGGAAAUGGGUUACAAAAACUCAAAACAUUGGUAAGUCAAGUGUAUACAAGAUGGAAAGAUGCGCUCGAAAAUUUUAAUUAUCAUCAAAAAAAUAAAUAUCAUCUUAAUUCCUGUGAGAUAAUGGAUUCUUUAAAAGAAAUCUCAAUGAAUCAAAAGAUAUCAAUAUCUAAUAAUAAUUAUAAUUAUUGA